CAAUUUUUUCCCCUUGUGACAUAAGGACUCUCUGGAUGGUCUUUGUUACAGCAAUGGGUACCUACACAUUUCAAUGGCCCUCUACCGCGAACGAGGUGUUCGUUACUGGCACAUUCGACGAUUGGGGUAAGACGGUGAAACUGGACCGGGUGGGCGACAUUUUCGCAAAGGAAGUUUCUCUUCCGAUCGGACAGGAAGUUCAGUACAAGUUUGUUGUUGACGGAGUUUGGACUACCGACAAACGUUUACGUGAAGUGAACGACGGCGCAGAUAAUCUUAACAACGUGCUAUUACCGGAGGAGAUCCAAACCCAAACUCAGACCCAGACCCAGACCGAACCUGAAACCCUCACUCAGAACCAAGACACCCCAACCACUGCCACCGCAGCUAUGUCUGGCGUGACUCCUGAAUCCACUACCGCCAUUCUGGCAGCCGAUGUCCCCAAGGAGGAGCAUAACGGGCACCUCCCGGGCGCCUUCCCCGACACUCCGGGACAAGAGUCCGACCAAGUCUUCUCUGUGAACCCAAUCCCAGCCUCGGGUGGCUACGGCAACCCAGUCAAACUCAACCCCGGCGAGAAGGUCCCCGACUCCAGCACGAUCCAUGGCAACACCGUCGACUCGACCGUGAAACUGGACAAGGAGUCCUAUGAAAAGAGCGACAGUGUGCCCCUCGGCAGCGCUGGAACCCAGAUUGACACGGCUGGGCCUAGUCUUUUCAACCUACCCCCCGUAUCCAAGAACACCAUCCCUGAAUCCAGUCUGCCCAUGGGUGGGCCUGCUCAGCGUGCUGCGUCUACUGAACAGGACCAACUGCAAGCCGGAGGCCCCGCGCAACAGGCUGCCAUGGCUGACCCCGGCUUCACCAUUCAAUCCGCCCACCCCUCCUCUACCACCGCUGCCUUGGCCGCAGAAGUUCCCUUGGAGAAGGAGAAGCAGACGAACGGUACUGCCCCAACCAUCCAAUCCGCCCACCCCUCCUCCACUACCGCGGGGUUGGCCGCAGCGGUUCCCUUGGAGAAGGAGACGAACGGUACUGCUCCAGUGGCUGAAGUCCCCGAGGUUGUGAAGGAGUCUCUCAGCGAGGCGCACCAGGACCCCGAGGCGGCAGCCAACAAGAAGGCCGUUGAAGAGAAGAAAGAGGUCGAACAAGAGCUCACCAAGAAGGUCGACCUGGAAGAGUCCGCCGGCGCUCCUGCACCCACCGAGACUGCUGCCACCACCACCAAGGCCCCUGGCGUCACCAAUGCUGGUCUCACUGCCUCUCAUCUGACUGCUACUGGGUUUGAUUCCGCCGAUGUGUCCCCGACCUCGAGCCCACCUCCGGGUCAUGCGGCACCUACCUCUGCCCCUCCUACCUCGGAGCCCAAGGGCACUGAAGCCCAAACUCAACCUGUUACAACCACUGGCGUGGAAACUACCCCGACCGCCCAAACCAGUACCCCAGCUAAGCAAACUACUCCCACUGCUGGUUCUUCUCAGGGCAGCCACAAGGAUGAUAAGAAGAAGCACCGCUUGAGCGGGUUCUUCAACAAGCUCAAGGAGAAGCUGAAGUAGAUGUUCUCCAUGAAUAUUUCCCCUCUCGGUGGCUCCUUCUUUCCGAUGCUCGGCCAAGUUCAAAGCUUUAGAUGGUGACCAUAGUCACUGGGAAAUGCCUUCGCUUGUUUGGGGUUGUAAUCGUCUAUGAUUUCAUGUUUUUGUCUUUUUGUGAUUGAUCGCUUUCGAUUUGGAUACCUCAUUUGCACGCACUGCCGCAUUGUACUCCAGCAAGCCUUAUUCUGUCUUCCUCUAAUAGUGCUUUUCGUCGAAUGGAUUUUAUCUAUUUCACCCUUCUAAGCUCCGCC